AUGAUGGAAAGUCACCUCGCACUUCCUCCGACAGCCAGGAACAGUUCCUAUGGACCUGUCUUCUCUACCAUGAAACACUGCAGCCCCUCAAACCAUAAGCCAAGAGACCUCUCUCCUCUCGAGCUGCUUCAUGUCAGGCAGUUAGUUAUAGCGCUGAGAAAAGUAACCAGUGUGGAAAACCAGUACCAAGAAAUGCAGUGUGCAAGGUAUAAGAGUGAGAGGGCCAUGGAGACUUCACAAGGUUACAGAAACCUGCUAAGACUUGAAAAUGGCUUCAAGGGACAACUGACUUGGACAUGCCUGCCUCAAGGAUUCAAGAACCCACUCACCACCUUUGAGGAGGCAUUGAUUAAGGACUCGGACAUUGGUCAAUCGCUCAAUCCAGGUCGACCGUCUUCAUCAGAGUUGGUGGAACUUCAUGUUUUUUUUUAUGUCCCUGAAGGAUCAUGGAACUAUAAAUUAAAUACUAUUUCAAUAAAAGUUAUUAACAACUUUAUUUCUGCUGGAUUUAUAAGGGUGUCUCCUCAACUUACUUUACGAGCUCUGGGGGAGCAUCUUGGUGAGUUUCUUGCUGUAGAUGCUGUUGCAGAAAACUUUUUAUUUCUGAAAUGCAUUGGAAAUAGUUUAGCUGUGGUAAAGGGAAAGCAAGAUUCAGAACUGAAACGCAAGUCAUUUGCUCCUCCAUAUGCUCUUCAACCAGAAUUAUAUUUGCUUCCUGUGAUAGAUCACUUAGGAAAUGUUUAUUCAGCGACGACAGUUAAUUUAGAUGAACAGCAGAGCCUUAAUGAUACUGUGGAGAUUGACGGAACAGUCCACAGACCAGAUAGUGUGUCUUUGUCAACGGAUGGACCUGGAGAUCCAAGGUUGGAAAAUAUGUGGAGAGACUUCAGAAAUCAGGAAUCAAAUCAGAAGGUUGAGGAAAGUCUACCUACACAGCAGCACUUUGGGAAUUCCAGGUUGCCAGGAUCAUUAGAAGAGUCAAAUGAUUACUUUGAGAACCUAAAAAGUCCGUUUCUUUGGAAAAAUAAUGAUGAGGAUGAGGGUGAGGAGGAUGAUAACACAACUGUCAACAGAAGGCAAGCCAAACUGGUGUGUGACAAGGAGCACAUUGCCCUGCCAGAUCUAAUUGAUUUUCCUUCAUUUCCUUCUCAACGUGUUUCUUCAAGAUCAGUGGAUACCUCUUUAUUGAAAAUUGAGACCUGUGAUAGCUGGAAGAAAAAAUAUUUUGACACUAAGCAAGUCACAGCAUCAUUGGAGGAAGUUUUAACAAAACUUCGAGAAGAUUUGGAACUUUACCUUAAAAAACUGCUCAUGCAGCUUGAGGCCAGGGAGCUCAAGAUGCGACCAAGGAAUCUGAAAAACAUCUCAGAUUCUAAGAAUUAUUUUAUCAUCCAGAUUACUGGAGUACAGCAUGCAGUUGACCAAUUUAAGAGAAAAUUGGAUACUGAUAAAAUGAAACUCAUAUUAGAAGUUAAGAGCACGCAACAAGCAGUUUCAGAUUUACAGACAUUAAAAGCUGAACGGACACAGAGGAAAGUGGGUACACCUUUCCGAUCUCCAAUAUGUUUUUGGUUGAUCAUCAUCAUCAUCAUCAUCAUCAUCAUCAUCAUCAUUAUCGUCGUCGUCUUCAUCAUCAUUAUAUAG